AUGCCUCCUGACUCACUUCUGCCUAUCUCUGCACCGCUCUUUACUAGUGCAGAACUGGACGCAGCGGCCGUGCCACAGGACUGUUUCAUUCGCUCGCUCUUAACACGAGUUAAGACUCCGCGUUUCAAAUUCGUUGCACCUGGGCUAGAGGUCCCGCAUGAUAAGGAGGCGUUUGCGAGGCGCCAGAGGUUUACUUACAUACCUCAUGAAGAGGAUAGCAUCCCAGGGGUCCUACUAUUUGCAGCUCCAGACCGGUUGGUGGAUCUCAACCUGGAGAUUCGUCGCUUGUUCUCCACCGCACAUGACAACGUGAGCAUGAACGACAACGAUCCUGUUCCCACUGGACUCUACAGUGAACCUGUGCGUCGAAAAGAUUAUGAUAUGGAGGAGGCGGGUUUCCGUCUCGUGCUUCCAUUUGCACUACGGCCUGGUUUCUUCCAAGAUGAGGACGGGGCUAGGAUGAGUGAUGGGAGACCAGUUCCCUCGGGCUCAUUCACGGAACUCUUUCAACAUGGUUACUUCCAUCCGUUUGGGGGUGAACGGCGAUCGCAGAGAUUAGAGAGAUUGUUUGAACGGUGGAUAGUGCUGGUUGAAAGUGAUUUAUGGACAGUGGGUGAAGAUGGCGUGGAGGGAGGGAUCGAUAAAUUCGGAGAUGCGGAUAGGGGCGCCUGGAAUGAAUAUUUGAUCGCACCAAGCUGGUGA